AUGUCCAACCGAACGUACGCAGCGCCAGCCGCCGAUGGUAAAUGGUAUUUCGGCAUUUUCGGCGUCAAUGUUCGCGCCCCUUUUGUUCCUGAUGAACCAGUACCUUCACCUGCCGCCCUCUUCGACCCUCUAAACGAGACCAAACGUUGUCUCAGCGCCGAUGGCAACGAAUCCUCAGUAUCCAUGGCUUUCCGCCCUCGCCCGGUCCCGCGAUCGGUGAUCAACUUUUUCCAGCAGAUGCAAGCCAAUGGCGAAGAACUCGAAGAAGCCAUGCGGACUCUGACUCUGAUAGAUGUCCCUGUAGAAGGUCACACCAUUGAGAAUUUCUACCACGCUACGAUCGAGGAUUCGAUUUCUUUGACCAUCGAAGAUGCAGUUGUUUGGACCGCCGAGGAGGCUGGCGUCGAGGCGUUGGCGGAGGCACUAGAAGUCGCUGGGGGUGAUGCGCUCCUAGCCUUGGGUGGUCUUCUCGCUGAGACAGUCGACGCCAAGGAGAAGUACAAGUCACUUCAACUUGAGAUGAAGAACGGCAACAAUCCAUUCAACAAAAAGAACAACUCGACCAAUGUAGCUCUGUUCGCCAACCCACCGCCCGGCGGCGAAUACAUCAUUAACUUUGCCAACUUUUCUGGGAGUGACUGGACCCUUCUCUCGUACUAUUCGCCGACCCACAACGCGAUUGACAACGAGACUUCGGCACCCGAACAGGUCCUCAAAGGCGCCAAUGGUAUCAUGGGUACUUCCACGUUGGACUUCCAGAUGAAGUUGGGGGGCUACGGCAACGGUCCCUGGGACGCUUGGGUACAGUAUAAAUCUCCCGAGGGAGUCAUUGUGGGAGUCUCUAUCCAUCAGCCUUUUGAAUUAUUCUGGCUGGGUACCUAUCCUUCAUAUUAUGUGUGCUACCCCGGUGGCAAGGGAUGGGAGGAGCCGGCGGGCGGACCGAGUCAUAGUUUCAAUUGGUCAGGCUAUGGCUAUGAGUUUGCUGUGAAACCAGCCGGUGCAGGUCUUUCCGAGCCGACGCCACUAUCAGCCGAAAACAAUAAUAUUCAUGCAGGCCAAGUUGGACAAUACGUGAAAGGAUCAUUCAUCCGGCGUUAUCGGACCAAAUUCGGGUCAACCAUUAGUAGCUCAAGCGGUGUUGUGUUUGGGCAAAUUUUGAAUGGCAUGCCUAUUCAGUAA